CCCUCUAAUGGGGCUGUGAGCAGGCAAUGUCGGGUCUCCCUCACCUACUCCACCUACACCCCCUCCCUGCCUCGCACCCCCUUGCUCGCUACACUUCGCUCCUUCCUCGCACUGAUUGUCACACAUUGUUUACUACGGCUUGAAAUGUGACACACAACAGAGGCUAUCUGCUGGAGUACCGCUCUGACAACUGGGAUUCUUUUUGACGCGCCCCGUGCGUCUUGGUUAUUUGGGGGACAGGCUGUGGAGACUACCCUUCUGCCAUGACAGUGGAUUUGUUUGCGCUCUUAUGCGUGCUGGUCAUCACAUCCUCUGCGAUGGAAGAGACCUUGAUGGACACUCGGGUGGCCACAGCUGAGCUGGGGUGGACAGCAUAUCCUAAUUCUGGGUGGGAGGAGGUGAGUGGCUAUGAUGAAAACCUCAACACCAUCAGGACGUACCAGGUGUGCAAUGUCUUCGAACCAAGUCAAAACAACUGGCUCCUCACAACCUUCAUUGAUCGCCGCGGAGCACAGCGCAUCUAUGUGGAGAUACGAUUCACCGUGCGCGACUGCAGCUCCAUCCCAAAUGUCCCCGGUUCCUGCAAGGAGACGUUUAAUCUCUACUAUUAUGAAAACGAUGCUGUCAUUGCCACUAAAGGCACAGUCUUCUGGAUGGAGGCCCCCUACCUCAAAGUGGACACCAUUGCUGCUGAUGAAAGCUUCUCACAGGUGGACUUUGGCGGACGCCUGAUGAAAGUUAACACAGAGGUGCGAAGCUUUGGUCCGCUGUCUAAAAAUGGCUUCUACCUGGCCUUUCAGGACUAUGGGGCCUGUAUGUCUCUUCUGUCAGUCAGGGUAUUUUAUAAGAAGUGUCCAAGUGUGGUUCAGAACUUUGCAGUCUUUCCAGAGACCAUGACAGGGGCUGAAAGCACUUCCCUGGUCAUUGCUAGAGGGACUUGCAUCGCAAACUCAGAGGAAGUAGAUGUCCCUAUAAAGCUCUACUGUAACGGAGAUGGAGAGUGGAUGGUUCCUAUCGGUAGCUGCACUUGCAAAGCUGGGUUUGAACCUGACAAUGGCAAUGUCUGCCGAGCAUGUCCACCGGGUACCUUCAAGUCGACCCAAGGUCCAAGUCUUUGUCUACAGUGCCCUCCUAACAGCCGCUCCACAUCUGAGGCUGCCACCAUCUGCGUGUGCCGCAACGGCUACUACCGUGGGGAUGGUGAUCAGCCAGAUAAACCUUGCACCAGCGUGCCAUCCAGCCCGAGAAAUGUGAUCUCCAUCGUCAAUGAAACCUCGGUGAUCCUGGAGUGGCAUGCCCCCAGGGAGACGGGUGGUCGUGAUGAUGUCGUCUACAACAUAGUGUGCAAGAAGUGCCAGGCCAACCGGCGUUCCUGUUCCCACUGUGAUGACAACGUCGAGUUUGUUCCAAGACAGCUGGGCCUGACCGAGACCAGGGUGUUCAUCAGCAACUUAUUGGCUCAUACUGUCUACAGCUUCGAGAUACAGGCCGUCAAUGGUGUCAGCAAUAAGAGUCCAUACCCUGCGCAGCAUGUUUCCAUAGAUAUCACCACCAACCAGGCUGCUCCUUCAAUAGUUCCCAUCAUGCACCAAAUCAGCUCCACCAUGAAUAGCUUCACACUCUCAUGGCCUCAACCAGAACAGCCAAAUGGCAUCAUCCUCGACUACGAGCUACGCUACUAUGAAAAGGACCAUGCAGAGAUUAACUCCACUAUCCUGCGGAGCCAAACUAACACAGCGCGUGUGGAGGCCCUCAGGCCGGGUACAGUCUAUGUGGUACAGGUGCGCGCACGGACUGUGGCUGGCUUUGGCAAAUACAGCAGCAAGAUGUGCUUCCAAACCCUCACAGAUGAUGACUUCAAGUCUGAGCUGAGAGAACAGCUUCCUCUGAUUGCGGGGUCAGCAGCAGCAGGAGUGGUCUUCAUUGUUUCCCUUAUUGCUAUCUCCAUUGUUUGCAGCAGGAAAAGAGCAUAUUCCAAGGAGGCGGUGUACAGUGACAAGCUGCAACAUUACACAACAGGAAGAGAACUCUCAUUGCGAGCCGACAUGUCUAACUGCCCCUCCCCACUGGGCUGCCCGACCCACUUCUCAGGCUCUCCGGGGAUGAAGAUCUACAUUGACCCCUUCACCUACGAGGACCCAAACGAAGCUGUACGAGAAUUUGCCAAGGAGAUAGAUGUUUCUACUGUCAAAAUAGAGGAGGUCAUUGGUGCAGGGGAAUUUGGGGAAGUCUACAAGGGCCGUUUGAAGCUACCUGGCAAGAGGGAAAUCUAUGUAGCCAUUAAGACCUUGAAGGCGGGCUAUGUGGAGAAGCAGAGGCGGGACUUCCUGUCUGAAGCAUCAAUCAUGGGCCAGUUUGACCACCCGAACAUUAUCCGUCUUGAGGGUGUAGUCACAAAGAGCCGUCCAGUUAUGAUCGUUACUGAGUUUAUGGAGAAUGGCGCCCUUGACUCAUUCCUCAGGCAAAAUGAUGGUCAGUUCACAGUGAUCCAGUUGGUGGGAAUGAUGCGUGGGAUUUCUGCAGGAAUGAAAUAUCUCUCAGAAAUGAACUACGUCCAUCGUGACCUGGCCGCACGGAACAUUCUCGUCAACAGCAACUUGGUGUGUAAAGUGUCCGACUUUGGUCUGUCACGCUACCUGCAGGAUGACACGUCUGAUCCCAGCUACACCAGCUCUCUGGGUGGGAAGAUCCCAGUGAGGUGGACAGCACCAGAGGCCAUCGCUUACCGAAAAUUUACCUCGGCCAGUGACGUGUGGAGUUACGGCAUCGUCAUGUGGGAGGUGAUGUCAUUUGGAGAGAGGCCUUACUGGGACAUGUCCAACCAGGAUGUAAUUAAUGCUAUUGAGCAGGACUACCGUUUGCCACCACCCAUGGACUGCCCCAGCGCCUUGCACCAGCUGAUGCUGGACUGUUGGCAAAAAGACCGCAACGUGCGACCCCGCUUCACAGACAUCGUCAGUACUCUGGAUAAGAUGAUCCGUAACCCCGCCAGCCUCAAAGCUGUAGCCAAUAUUCCUGCAGUGCCCUCUCAGCCACUGCUGGACAGAUCCAUACCCGACGUCAACACCUUCAGCUCAGUCGAGGACUGGCUCGCUGCCAUCAAGAUGAGCCAGUACAGAGACAACUUCCUCAACUCAGGCUUUACCUCCCUGCAGCUGGUGGCACAAAUGACCUCAGAAGACUUGCUGAGAAUAGGAGUGACCCUGGCAGGCCACCAGAAGAAAAUCCUUACUAAUAUCCAGUCCAUGAGGGUGCAGAUGAGCCAGUCAUCUACGCCGAUGGCAUGACUACCGGAGGCGCUGUGCCAUGGAACAGGCAGCAUUCGAAGGACCAACAAAAAUAGCAGCCCUCGAAUGACCCCCGAUCCAUCGGAACGCGCCAGAGUCGAAACUAUUGUCUUAAUCUAAUCCACUAUCAUGACAACAGGAGACCAGGGUCUACACUACCACAUGGUUAACAGCUGUCACACUUCAUGCAAUCCACGACAGGAGUUCAGGGUCCAGACUUGAUACUGUUUAUCCAUUCAUCACAAAAGGGAAAUCAAUGUCCGUUGUUGUGGUUAUGAACUACCAUUCAUGCCAUUUUGAACCAAAAUAACCAACAAUCAGACAUCAACACAAAGAACUUCUCAGAGUUUCAAACUGUGGUAAAGUGAGUGAUACUGUACUUCUGCUUCAUGUGGACUAGAAGGUGUUAAAACUUUAAACUGAAACGUGAGGCAUUUAGAAACAUGUGACGCGUGAUUUUACCCAUCCUGUCUUCAGUCUGUGCAAUGAAGAUGCCUUGACCUGGCGAGAAAUAAGUUCCAGAAGAAGAAGAAAAAAAGAAGAAAAACAAAACAAAACACCUACCAGUGGAAAUAAUUAGAGGGAGAAGCAUACAGGGAUGUACAGCAGAGCACCAUUUUCAACUUUCACAUCAUGUUGUACUUGUUUAAAAAAAUGUUUUAAAAAGUGUAUUGUAAAUGGACAGGUAACAAAAAAACAAAAACAAAAAAAGAUCAGAGCUUAGUUAUAUUUUUAUCCUUUACCUUGUGUUUGUUUGUCUGUUUUAUCAUUAUAGCAAGAUGCAGUCCACUUGUAUUUUAUCUUUAACACUACCUGUGGAGUCUUGGGUGGAGGGCCUUGCUAAAGGACUUCUUAACCCAAGCCACCCACUUUCAGAGAAUAUAAAUAUGUUUAUCUCUUGCUAAAUAUGAUUAUAUCUUUCAUAAUAAACCUUCAUAUUGAAGGUGAUAUAAAUGCAUAUGUAUGUACAGAACUCUAUGCUUGCAUUUUGGCAAAGACAUGUUGACUGAAUUCUGACUGAGACACAUGCAAUGUUUAGAUUCCAGUUUCCUUUGGAUAACUGAACAAUGGGCACUGGAUUGUAUGUCUCGUUGCUCCAGGGAUUUAAGGACAAUUUGGGCUGACUGGAGAAAAUGUAAAAAGAAUGGCUGAAGAAUUGGUAUUGUAGAAUUGUAUGAAAAUUGCUGUAGGAGUUAAAAUAACUGACAAACUAUCCAUUAACUGGGGAUAAUGUUAAAUGUGGGUGUACACAUGCUGUCUCUUGCUGGUGAGCACUUAGUUGUACAGAUAUGUUUUAUGUUUCAUCUUCUUUCUUGACCUGUUGUUUGUCUCGGGAGCGGUCAGCACCAUCCACAGGGGGAAUGAUCCUCCGUUUCCUGCCCCUGGCCCAAAUUCACGACUGGGAACUCAAAGAUUUACACACUUAUAAAACCGGCAUACACCCGGCACUUCACAAUUAUAUUCUCAUGGAUGCGCACAGUGAACACCAAGAAGAAUCGCAGCGGGCCAGUGAGAACAGGUGAAGCCAAAAGCUUUGAGUAUGCCAGUCACAACCUCUCUCUGUGUGAUGAGCAGUGGAUGGGGGGAGCUGACUGUGAGUGUGCACAUGUCACAGUUUAUUUGUUUGUGUGUUCAAGAGAGAAUGGAUGUAUGCAUAUCAGGCACAUUUGUGUGUACAGACAUUGUGUGCACAGGUACAUUGGUUUCCUUUUUCUUUCUUUUUUUUUAGUUUGUGUAUAGCAGCCACUUGUAAAUUGUGACAAGUAUGUGUCAAGAGUUUGUAAGCUGUAACUUUCUGAGAACUAUUGUACUAAAAUGCACUCAAUAAACGCCUUGGAAAACAAGUCAAUCACAUCAGAGUCUGUGACUCACUGGACGAUAAUUCUGCUUUCAUUAAUAGUGAGUCAAGAAAGGAGAGAGGAAGGUUAUUAUCCAGUAUCCCUAUCCUUGUCAGCACUGUGCUUGAGUGUGGUGUGACGUCUAAUGCUUGGCUUCAUAAUGGCUAAGGAAAUAAACAGCUUUUGUCACCACAGUCUGGCUGGCAGCACAUGUUAAAAGCCAUCAGCCACUAAUAAACGAGCAGUCACUCGCAUUACAUGCAAACACAAAAAAUGUCUCUCCAAAAAAAAUAAAAAUAAAAAAGUGACAUUAUUAUGACAAACUAGUGGAAAUUAUCCUCCCAUCUGAAAUCUUAUAUAGUAUUUGUGUCUCAGCCACAUGAAUAAAAACCCCACCAGCAGUUUCACUACUCUCAUAAUUCCUAGUUUCCACAGAGACACUUCUAGGGCACUUCACGGGCCGGAAAGCAUGCUACACAGUAAUGAUAUGGUUAAUGAGGUGAGUCAAAAGAUAUAGGGAUGUAUCCAACUCACAGCAUUGCCCCAUAACUGUUUAUUGACUCUAAUUGAUUGAUAACAUCCAGAUUCAUAUUAGCAGAGAGACUGCUGUGCAGGGGCUGUGCCAAAAAAAAGAGAGGAAGCCAACAAGAUGAAACAGUCAGUUUUCUCACUUCUCAAAUUUGUUAUAUUAAAUAAAGUGUUUCAGUCGUCACUUUUUAUUUAUUUUUAUUGAAGUGUAUGAAAGGAUGAAACAGAAUAAGUGGUUGAAGUUGUUUUGUAAGGAAUUGGAUAAUUAAAAACGUGGAUGUAUUUACAAACCUAAGUCCAAAAAAAGUUGGGAAAAAGCCGUGUAAAACUUGAAAAAAUGUAUUAAAUGUUUAAACAGAGAAAAUGUACCAUUUCAACAAAAGGCUGGAAAAGUAAGUGGUGGUAAAAAAAAAAAAAAAAGCUAGAGGGAAGUUUUGCUUAGCUAGUAGCAAGUCAGUAACAUGAGUGGGGAUAAAAAGAGCAUCUUGGAGAGGCAGUUUCUCAGAAGCAAAGAUGAGCAGUUCAUCAGUCUGCAUGUUCUUCAAUGUAAAAUUGUGAAUACACAGUGCAUAAUAUCAUCAAAUGUUUCUGGGAAUCUCGAGUAAUCACUGUGCACAAGCGACAAAUGAAAAAGUCUGUAUCGGGUGCCCAUGAUCUUCAGGCCCUCAGGCCGAUAAACAGGCCUGAUUCUGGGAUAGAAAUCACUGCACUUUUCCCAGGAACACUACCAGAAAUCACAGUCUGUAAACACACUUCACAGUGCCAUCCAAAAAUGCAGGUUAAAGCUAUAUCCAGAAACACUGCCGCCUUAUCUGAGCCAAAGCUCAUUUAAACUGAGCUAAAAGGAAGAAAGAGGAGAGGGACUUAGAAUUAUCAGUGCUCAGUUCAAAAGCCCACAUCUCUGAUAGCAUGAGGAUGCUAAACUGCAGUCCAGACCUUUCACCAACUAAAAACAUUUGAUGGACCAUAAAAUGAAAAGAUGUAAUAAAGUAGAGCCAGGACUGUUGAGCUGCUAAGAUUCCUAGAACAGGAAAGAAUGGGAAAACAUUCCACUCCCAGCUGGUCUCCUCUGUCCCCAGACAUUUAAUGCCUGUAGUUAAAAGAAUAGGAUAUUACACAGUGGUAAAGAUGGUCCUGUACAUUUUCUUACUCGGUUUAAACAUUUGAUGUUGGGCCGCCAGUUUAGCUCAGUGGGUGUGUGGGCCAUACGCCACAUGGCCAGAAAGCAGCAGCCUUGGAUGUUCCUUUGCUGCAGGUCUUCCUCUGUCUCUCUAUGCACUUUCCUGUCUGUCUCCACCUUUACUAUCUGCAAAAAGCAAAAUGGCAAAAAAAAAAAUAAAUUUCUUUAAAUUGAUGUUUCUAUGUUUUCAUUUGUGAAUAAAGUAUGGGUUUGUGAGAUUUUCAAA